AUGUCUCUGAGCGGGGAGGAGAUCCUGUGCAGCACACAGCAGGUCAUUGAUGGGCUGGAGGCACUGAGGGGAGAGAACCGCAAUCUCCUGGACAAGCUGCAGGGGGCGCUACAGAGCAGGCAGCCAGAGGACUGCACCGGACUGGAGCAGGAGGAGUGGCAUUGUACUGGAGUCACUGGAGAGAAUCGAACUGGGACUGGGAGAGGCACAGCGCCACCUGCCCAGCUGCCCCUGCACCUCCUCCAGCACUCCUUCCCAGUUCCCCUGCACACUGGCCUCGUCCCCCCGAGACAGUCCACUUACGACUCUCCUCAGCUCGUGCAGCAGCGGCUCAAUAGCCAGAGAGAUGAGAAGGAAACUGCCUCUUCAAAGGACUCUCUCGAUGACCUGUUCCCCACAGACGAGGAGGAGCAAUCCCAGAUGUCUCAGCCUCACAACAGUCCUCACAGCAGUGCAGCAGCAGCAGCUCAGCAGGGUGGGUAUGAGAUCCUGGCCCGGGUGCGCACGCUUCAUAACCUGGUGAUCCAGUACGCCUCUCAGGGCUGCUACGAGGUGGCCAUGCCGCUGUGCAAGCAGGCCCUCGAGGACCUGGAGAAAUCCUCCGGAUACAACCAUCCCGACGUGGCCACCAUGCUCAACAUCCUGGCACUCGUGGCAGAGACGCUGAAUAACCUGGCAGUGCUGUACGGGAAGAGGGGCAAAUACAAGGAGGCAGAGCCACUGUGCAAACGAGCCCUGGAGAUCAGAGAGAAGGUCCUGGGGACGGACCACCCUGAUGUUGCGAAGCAGCUCAAUAACCUGCCUCUGCUCUGCCAGAACCAGGGCAAGUACCAGGAGGUGGAGCUUUACUACAAGAGAGCCCUGCACAUCUACCAGAGCCAGCUAGGCAGCGAUGACCCCAACGUAGCCAAGACCAAGAACAACCUGGCCUCGUGUUACCUGAAACAGAGGAAGUACCGGCAGGCGGAGGCUCUUUACAAGGAGAUCCUGACAUGCGCACACGAGAGGGAGUUCGGAUCAGUUGAGGGAGACGGGCGGCCCAUUUGGAUUCACACAGAAGAAGGUAGCAACACACAUGACGGGCUGGGCAGUCUCAAGCGCAGUGGUUUGUUCACGAAGCUUCGAGAGUCGAUCCGCCGGAGCUGCGAGAAGCUUGUCAGGAAGCUGAAAGGAGUGGGAGCGACAGAGCCAGCACCCCGGAACCCUGGUAUGAAGCGAGCAAACUCCCUCAACGUGCUUAAUAUGGGGGGGAAGGCUGCGGCCGACUCCUGUCAGAGUCCUAGCAGUCUGACAGAGUCCCGAGGCCUCAGCUCCAGCACUCACAGUCUGGCUCGACGCGGAUCACUGACUGCAGCCAGCUAGCACACACCUAGCACAGAGCCAGCACACACCAAGAACAUCCAGCACACACCCAGCACAGAGCCAGCACACACCAAGAACAUCCAGCACACACCCAGCACAGAGCCAGCACACACCAAGAACACCCAGCACACACCAAGAACACCCAGCACACACCAAGAACAGAGCCAGCACAUACCAAGAACAGAGCCAGCACACACCAAGAACAUCCAGCACACACCAAGAACAGCGCCAGCACACACCAAGAACAGAGCAAGCACGCACCAAGAACAGAGCCAGCACACACCAAGAAC